CCAAACUGUUCGAGGCUCGAAAAGUCGUGUUGUAGUUUUAAGAAUAUUUUCCGGUUUGGAGGAUCGUUUGUUCUACGAUUUCGGUGGGGUUUUUUAGUGUCAAUGUUGAACUGAAACUUCGUGAAUUUGGAUUAAUAUUACCUGCGAAAAGGUAGGAUCGAGCAGUAUCGAAGAAAAUGGGUUCACCGAUUAUGAGACAUUUUUUCAGUGGGAUUUUGGUGAUUGUGCUUUUUUCAACGGUCGUAAAUUCAGCAGAAAUAGCCCAAGGUAUUUCCACGAAUGACAAGUCUAAUGCAGUGUCUACGAGUUCACCCAGCCUCGAUGUGGAAGCCCGAGGAGACUCGGACGGUGUGGAUAUGAACGCUAUUGAAGAAAGCUCCAAAAGCUCGCCACCAAAAUCCCCGAUUAUUGAGAAGAGUGACAAGCAGCCGAUCAUUCUCGGCACGUCGAAAGUUGCGAUAGUGUAUUCAGAACGAAAAGGAAGCAAGUCCGAUAAAGAUAAGAGUAUUAAGGCUCCACGGGUCGUGUAUCCUCAGAAGCAAGCGUCGACUUCUCUGAAGCAGAGUUCGCCUGAUCGGAAUUGGCGAGGGGUCAGAGUUUCGCCGAGAGACAGUUAUCUCGACGCUUUUGAGCACUCGCAGACGAGUAAAGAUGUGCGGGAGGCUGUCAUCAGUGUCGACGUGAAGCCGAAAAUACCAAAGCUGAUAAGACGCGAUUACAGUGAGGGUCCGGUUUAUCGUCAUCCCCACGAGCAGUACGGCGGCCCGAAAGAUUCAAGCUCGACAUACAGUUUGCCUCAGGAAGUCAAUAAUCGUUUAACGACGACUAAGAACAUCGCUCGAAUAUCUUACGGUGGCCCAACGCCCGAGCCUUUUUAUCCAACCCCCAGUGAUUCUUAUUCGUUGCCUAUACAAUCGUCGGCCAAUUUCAAUAACAACAAUAAUAACGGAUUUCACGGAUCACCGCAAAUUACUUACGGCUCGCCAACUCCGCAAACUUCGUAUGGCUCACCAAGUCCGCAAACUUCGUAUGGCUCACCAAGCCCGCAAGUCCAGAUUUACGGCUUGCCCAAUCAUAGCUACAGCAAAGCUCCAACCGCUCCAUUCAAUUCUUAUGGGCCGCCCAACACUGGUUAUUCUCCGGCAGGAACACCCCACCAAGGUGAGGCGAGAGCUUACGGACCUCCGCCCUCAUCCUCGUACGGAGCACCCUUCGCUAUUCAGAAUCCUUCCCAACAACUCUCGUCGCUGAUGCCAUCGAUCGAUUUCAGUUGGCCAUUCGCUCUUAAGCUGAAUGCCUUCACGCUGGCUAAGAUUUUGCUGAAGCUCGUCAUUUUCAAGAUGAUUGUUAAAUUCAUUGCUCUCAUCUGUCUCCUUCUUUUCAUUCCGAAAUUGGAAAUCGUUAAAAAAGUUGAAAGCAACGAUGAUUCUGAUGACUCGGACGACGGCCGGACACUGUUUUCAAAGGAUUCUGCGCUCGAACGACUAAAUAUUCUCACUGCUUUUGUGACAAGUGCAAUCGAGAAGUACGAAACGACGAGGGAGCAUUCGGCCAAGUCUGUCGACGAUUGCACCGGCUUUAUUUGUCGGGUCAAAAGAUUUUUCAUCCAUGAGGAAACCUGGAAUGAUUACGUUACUUUAUUCAAGCGUUACGUAGCUGAGGAAUCUGGAAAUGGGGAUCAACAAGUACGAACGAAUCACGUAGACUCGUGAUCAAAUUAUCGCACCAGAGUCGAGAGAUCGUCAGAAUAAUUCGCUCACUUACGAUUUUAAACCAAUUUCCUAUUUAUUUAUUUAUUUAUUUAUUUAUUUAUUCAUGAGACUUGGAAUAUUUAAUUGAAAAAACCAGCUAUGCAAACACAGAAUCAUUGUACAUAAUGUAAAAAAGUAUGAAAAGUUUUCACGAGGCCUGAAUCGAGCCCAAUUCGCGACGAACGAAGCUGUGAAAAUAAAAGAAAAGCAGCAUAUUAUUUCUGGUAAUAAAAGUCGAUGAGAAACCAUUGGAAA